CUAAGAUGAAAUGCAGAAGUGAACACGACACACUCAUUCUAGUAUUCUCAGAUAUGAUUAGAUGUACUUUAUCAUGUUUUUAUGCUACUGACCUAUAAGAAAAAAAUACUAAAAAAGGGUAGCAGUUAAACACCUAGGACCUGCAACUUCAGUACGUCUGGGAUGAUCUGGAAUAUCACAAGGAGAGAUUUUAUUACAGCAUAUUCACACCUUAUCUGAGCCCUCAGCCUAUGUUCAUACACAUUUCCUUCAUUAGAAGUUGUCACCAGACGCUUUACCUCCCAGGAUGGACAACAGGCUCCCAACAGAGUUUGAUGUGGUUGUAAUAGGGACAGGUUUGCCUGAAUCCAUCCUUGCAGCUGCAUGUUCCAGAAGUGGUCAGAGGGUUCUGCAUCUUGAUUCAAGAAGUUACUAUGGAGGAAACUGGGCUAGUUUCAGCUUUUCAGGAUUGCUCUCCUGGUUAAAGGAAUAUCAGCAAAACAGUGACAUUGGGGAAGAAAGUACUGCUGCAUGGCAAGACAUGAUCCAUGAAACAGAAGAAGGCAUCACUCUUCGCAAGAAGGAUGAAACCAUUCAACACACAGAAGUUUUUUGUUAUGCCAGUCAGGAUAUGGAUGGCAAUAUUGAAGAGACUGAUGAUCUGCAGAAAAAUCCUUCCUGGGUAGCAUCUAGUACCCUCAUUAAACCUCUGGAUUCUGCAUGCUUGUCUGAAGAAAUGCACUCGUUAUAUGUUUCUAGCAAUGAAGUGCCUGCAAAAGGGACUCCAGAAAACAAUGGAGAAGUAACUGAUAUAGCAGAAACCUUGGUGAAAGAAGAAUAUUGUGGAUAUAAAACUUAUAAACACAGAGUUUCAGAUGGUGCUAAAGACGAAAUCAAACCUAUAUUGGAAGACAACAGUGAUCCACCAAAGAGAAACAGGAUUACUUACUCUCAAAUAGUUGAAGAAGGCAGGAGGUUUAAUAUUGAUUUGGUAUCAAAGCUGCUUUAUUCCCAAGGACUGUUAAUUGAUCUUUUAAUCAAAUCAAAUGUUAGUCGUUAUGCAGAAUUUAAAAAUGUCACUAGGAUUCUUGCAUUUCGAGAAGGAAAAGUAGAGCAGGUGCCUUGCUCCAGAGCAGAUGUCUUUAAUAGCAAAGAGCUCACUAUGGUUGAAAAGAGGAUGCUAAUGAAAUUUCUUACAUUUUGUUUAGACUACGAACAACAUCCUGAUGAAUACCAAGCUUUCACGCAAUGCUCAUUUUCAGAGUACUUAAAAACCAAAAAAUUAACCCCCAGCCUCCAACAUUUUGUAUUACACUCAAUUGCAAUGAUGUCAGAGUCAUCUUGCACAACAAUAGAAGGCCUUAAAGCAACAAAAAACUUUCUUCAGUGUCUUGGAAAGUUUGGCAACACUCCCUUUUUAUUUCCCUUGUACGGCCAAGGAGAAAUUCCCCAGUGUUUCUGCAGGAUGUGUGCAGUUUUUGGUGGAAUAUAUUGUCUUCGCCAUAAAGUGCAAUGCCUUGUAGUUGACAGAGAAUCUGGAAGAUGUAAAGCAAUUAUAGAUCACCUUGGUCAAAGAAUAAAUGCUAAAUAUUUCAUUGUGGAGGAUAGUUACCUUUCUGAGGAAACAUGCUCAAAUGUGCAGUACGAACAGAUAUCCAGGGCAGUGCUCAUUACGGAUCAGUCUAUACUAAAGACAGAUUCAGAUCAGCAGAUUUCCAUUUUGAUAGUACCUCCAGUGGAACCAGGAGCAUGUGCUGUUCGAGUCACUGAAUUGUGUUCUUCAACCAUGACGUGCAUGAAAGACACCUGUCUGGUACAUCUGACCUGUUCAUCUUCCAAAACAGCAAGAGAAGACUUAGAAUCAGUGGUGAAGAAAUUAUUCACCCCAUAUGCUGAAACAGAAAUAGACAAGGAAGAACUUGCAAAGCCAAGACUCUUGUGGGCUCUUUAUUUUAACAUGAGAGAUUCCUCAGGAGUCAGCAGAAGCUCAUAUAAUGGCUUACCUUCCAAUGUUUAUGUCUGCACUGGGCCUGACUGUGGACUAGGAAAUGAACACGCAGUCAAGCAAGCUGAAACACUCUUCAAGGAGAUCUUUCCAAGUGAAGAAUUCUGCCCCCCACCUCCAAAUCCAGAAGACGUUUUCUUUGAUGGUGAUGAUAAGCAACCAGAGCCUCUUGGAGCCAAUACUAUAAUAAUAGCCCAACUAGAAUCCUCUGAGGGAAGCAAAAACCUAGAAAGCUCAGAGAAGCACCUUCAAAAUUAGAAAAAAAGCAAACUGGAAAUGCUACUUUGGGCCUUCAUCCAGUAUCAGAAUAUUCUCAUUUAAAGGACAGUUUCCUAUAUGAGUAAUUAGAAAUGGUUAUUUGAUGAAUGGCAUGCAGAUGUUGUCUAUAAUUCUCUUUGUGACUUUCAGUUAUUGGAUGUAUUUGUUAACCUGUCAAUAAUUGAUUUAUUAGUUAUUGGACUUCUUUUUGUUUCAGAAUGGGUUUCAUGAGCCAGAAUCUUAAACAGGAUUAGCUUUAUUUUAGUACUGGGUAUAUAUGUGAGGGUUCCAUAUUAGCCAUGGUGCUUAAAGGAAGAUGGUAUUGUAUCUGCUGAUCUUCAGAUUUUAUUAUUGUCUACAGAACAAUAACAUCUAAGGAAUAUUUUAAUUACUUUUGUAGCUAGUACAGUUGCUACCACCUCUGAAUAGUGAAACACACACAGAGGAAAUUAUGUGGGUCUUUUCUUUAUAAUAUAAAGAUAAUACAUUAAGUAUGAUCCUUUAUUUGUGAAGGUGAUGCCUACAAUACAUCUUGCAGUUUAAUUCUCCUACUUGAGCCUUGUAACCAAUGAGGCAGUGAUGCCACCACAGUCUUAUACAUUGCAAAAAGAGUCAGAGUUCAUUUAGUAGUUGAAGAGCUCAUUCUUGGGAGGUUCAGUCCAAAGAAAAUCUAGGGGAAAAGAUUAGUUCUGGUUUAAUAUUUCAGAAAAUUUCUGAAGAGCACUACUCUGGCACCUAAAAGAAAAGAACUUCUAAGUAACUCAGGCUAAAGAAAAAAUAAAUUGCUCCAGGGAAAGAUAUUACAGAAUGCUUGUUCUGAAAUUGCUAAGGAGAAACUGAGUGAAGCAUUUUUAACCUGGGAUUACAGAUGGUUUUUAAAAUCCAUCUGUAAAUAGAUUUCCCAAGGUUUCUCAGUGAAAGUGAAGCACACCAUCUUGUUGACUCCACCACUUUAAUUAGUAACACUACAAUUGAUAGGAGUGAAUCAAAGGAGGGUUGCCAUGUCCCUUUGGUUGUGUCCCACCCCACAAAUAAUGAGGUAAAUGCCUUCGUAAUCAACUCCUGCCUCUUAGCUGUUAUCUAGAGGAUAGAAAACAUUUUUUUCCAGAACUACCAGAAGUCAUAAAACUGGUUAUACUCUAGCAGCAGAAGCUUGUGGAGCUGUCAGAAGAAAUAAACUUCCUUCUCUUUAGGUCACUGUUUCCAUUCCUCAGACAGAGAAUGAUAAUCCUAUAGGAAGGAUUUAGGAAGGGAUAGGAAAGGAUAUAGGAAGCCCUUUUAAUACAGUUUUUGUCCUGGAACAGAGCAUUUGCUAUAUGCUAGGCACUUAUUGUGCUCUCUAAUUAUAGUUUCUCAACAACCCUGUGAGGCAGAUAUUAUUGAAUACAUUUUCAAAGAGAAAAUAAAGACUUAAUAAUUCUCUCUGAGUCUGGUUUGUGGAAGAGCCAACAUUGGAAUCCAGGCUUUCAUGAUUUCAAAAUCUUUCAACUGAUUUUAACUGUUAGAAGAGUGUAGGUACUGUAGGAGAAGGAAAAGAUGCUCAUGAAAACCAGUCUAGCGUUGCUAGUUAAUCAAAGUAGGCAGACAUCUCUUGGUUUAUUGAGUCAGAGAAAUAUGAAAAUAAAGAUUAAUUAAAAAUAAAUAUGGCUUAGAGCUAUGGAUCUCAUUGAAGCAGAAUUUGUCUAAAGGUUUAACAAAAUCAUACUUUUUAAUGUAUCUUUUGAUUAUUGUGUUAUAAAAAGUAAUGUUACUAGGCCAAAAUAUGCUUUGAAUAGUCUUUUGUUGAUCUUCUAUAUGUGAGGAAAAUGAAACAAGAAAGAUUUAAGUAAUUUUCAGCCUACUGAAGUAGAGAAGUCGUUAAUUGGUAUUAAUAUGUUUUGAAUCUAGCAGAUCUAUUAUUGGGUGGAUUCUAAGGCUUAAACUUAUCAAAACAACUGAAAUAGACCUAAAAAUUAGUUAUUAAAAUGUAAAAGAAUUUAAGAUGUUAAGUGAAAUGGAGGUGAAGGUAAUCCAGACCUAUUGAAAAAUUUUAAUUUCUGUAUCAUGAAUAUUUUUAUUCAUAAGAAUAUGAGAAGGGCAACGAGAAGCUGCAAAAAAUGAUAGAACCAAAGAUAAUGGAAACAGGAAAAUGUUAGAUUAGAUAAAAUAAGGGUUUUAAAAACUAAGAAAAUGAAUAUAUUGGUUUCCUACUUGAAUGCAAAUAAAUUGGAAAUGAAAAAAGUUAUUACCAAUAAAAAGCAUUUUAAAAAUUAGAGGAUAUUAUAACCUAGUAUAAUUUUCUGACAAGUUGGAAUUUUACCCUUAUGGGCUUAUUGGGGAACUUUUUCAAAUGUUCAAAAUAUAAAUAAUAUCUGUGUAUCAAAAGAUGAUAUAAUAUUUGCAGUUUGAGGUUAAUAUUGCCUCAAUGCUAGGAGUCAAACAUUUUGAAAAGGGUCUCAUUCUGAACAAAUGCAGAAUAUUAGCAAAUGAUACACAACAUAAAAAUAAUUAUUUACUGUGACUCAGGAUUAUAAGGUUGGUGUUCAACAGAAUAACCAUUAAAUCAAUAUCAACAGAACAAAAUAGUAAAAAUGCAAAGUACUAACUACAGGUAACUUUAAAAAUAUUAAUAAAAUUCAUCAUUUUUUAUUUAAUUAUCUCUGGUAAUGAUUUUUUUGGUUUCUCAUUGUGAUAAUUACUAAAAGAACUAACAUCAUUCCUAUUAGGAAAACAUAUAGGAAACAUUUCUCAAGCAGAAAUUAAAUAAUCUUGGCACUACUUUUAUUUAUAUAUGGUUGAAAAAGCUUGUCAUUGUAAUAAAUCAUUAAUAAGCAUUCAUAAAUGAGAAAGAUAAGGAAAGAAAGCACAAAUAUUUUCUAUUGACAUGACUUUUAAACUGGUGAAACCUGUAGUAUCAUAAACAUGCUGACAAUAAAAGACUAAUUCAGGAAGUUGCAGGGUGUAUAACUUUAAAAUUAUUCUUAUUUCUUGGGCUUCCCUGGUGGAGCAGUGGUUAGGAGUGCGCCUGCCGAUGUAGGGGACGCAGGUUCGUGCCCCUGUCUGGGAGGAUCCCACGUGCCGCGGAGCGGCUGGGCCCGUGAGCCAUGGAUGCUGGGCCUGCGCGUCUGGAGCCUGUGCACCGCAGUGGGAAAGGCCACGACAGUGAGAGGCCCGCGUACCGCAAUAAAUAAAUAAAUAAAUUUAAUCUUAUUUCUAGAUUCAAACAGUGACAAACUACAACUUAAAGUGUUUGGGUAUUAACAUAUACAAGCCAUUUAAAGAAAGUUAUAUAACUAUAUUGAGGUAAGAAAGAUGCUUAUAUAGAAGCAGGUUACAGGAACUGCAUCCUAGUAUAAUGGAAAAGGAAGUAAAUAGGAAAUCUGAAAACCAAAAUUAGAGUCCUCACUUUACUACUUACAAGUUGUGUAAUCUUGGGAAAAUCAUGCCUACUUUCCAUUUCACCAUCUAUAAAAUAGAAAUAAUGCUUUGCAGAAUUAUUAUGAGGAUUAAAUUAAUGUAAAAGAAAUUAUGUCCAAAGGACUGGCAAUAGGGUGAAGUUAGUAUGUAGAUAUACUACACUUCCACUUAACGUUCCAACUGGAUGCUUUAUAUAAUUUGACAGAAUUGUGAUAAAUAAUUUAGGAAAAUAAGCAAGGAUAUGUCUUUUUAACUUGGGAAAAAAGGGAGUUUUGCACUUCAGAUCGUUAAAACAUGCUGUUAAGCAUCUUUUCUAAGUACACUAUGGUAUUGAGUAGAAAGUUUAAGACUAAUAAACCAAUUGGAAAGAAAUAUAUAAUAACUGCUUGUGGAAAGAUUAGCUGGAUGUAAGUAUAAAAAAAGAAAUUAAAUCCACUUCACACAUAACAGUUUGUUCCAGAUUAAGAUCUUCAGUAUAAAGGUAAAAAUAAAAAGACUACAAUUCUCAUCCCAAUAAUUUUGCAAAGGAAACUUUAUGGCAAAGAAAAAUAGUGACAAGGUAGAUGAGAUCAACUAAGAAAAAUGAAAAAUGUAUACUAAAUAGGAAGAAGACAAGAAAUGGGGUAUAAGCCACUUGCAUUACACAAGGAUAAAGUACUCAAUAUUUUUUAAAAGGUAAGUGCAAAUCCAUAGGACUUUGUGCUCUUUACUAGGCAAGUUUAUGAAAGAAUUGAGUUGAAACAAGAAGAUAGAAAUAAAAUGGUAUUCAGAUUUACUAAUAUUAAAAAUGCAAACUAGAGCAACUUUGACUUAGUUCAUGCAAUUAUAUUAGCAAAAAAAAUUUUAAUUGUAUGUAUCCUCAUACCAGUAGCAUUAUUAUAUUAAUGUAGUUUUUUUGAAGAACUAUUUAGAAGAAUAUAAGAACUCUAUAACCAAUCUGUCUUUUGAUAGCUCUAACUCACUCUGAGUAGCAUAUGCCCAGGAAAAUAUUUUAAAAGAAAAAAAAGUCUAUUUGUAUAAAGAUAUUUCUAGUGAUUGCAUUCAUUUGAGUUUUAAAAAAAGCCCAGUAAUUGGGAACUGGAUAAGUAAAUUUUCAUGUAUUGCUAUUGCUAUCAUAGACUGUUAUAUAGCCAUUAAAUAGUAUUGAUAUAUGUAAAACCAUAUGGGAAAAUGUUUAAAUGAGACUUGAAAGUGCUAAAACAUAAAUUAUUGUAUUUACUGAUUGUGUAAAAAUUUAGAUCUAUACAUUGGAAAGAAUCCGAAGAGAACAUUGUAAUUAGUUUAACAUUAAGAGGUUCUUUUUUCUAUAAAAUACUGAUGUGUGAAAUAAAAAAUAAAAGAUUAAUUGGUAAAAUGGU